AUGUCCGCGAACGCCGGGCAGGACGGCAAGCUCGUUUUGCGUAACGGAGACGAGGGCCUCGGUGUUGUCAAGAUUUCAGGGGAUCAUGAGAAACCCGCUGCUGACCUAGCAGUCACGCCGGAUGGCAAGAGCGUCGUGGUGAUCGAUGACCAGUAUGUGCAGAUCUACUGCACGCCGGACCUGGACCUGCUCACGAGCGCGUGCCGCUUCACGCUGCCCGGGCGCAGCGUGGCGGUCGGCGGCAGGGACGGGGACGUGCUCGCGGCGGGCGGCGACGACGGCCUGCUGAAGCUCGUCAGGAUCAGCGAGGGCAAGGUGCUGCGGCAGAUCCGCACCAAGGGCUUCGUGCGCAGCGUGUCGCUGGACCCGGAGGGCAGCUACGUGGCAGCUUCCCUCGCGGACGGCAACCUGGGCAUAUGGGACGUGAACGACGGCUCCCAGGAGAUGCGCAAGCACGUCUGCCCCAAGGUAGACACCGCCUCGACGCGGCGCAGCACGGUCGCGUGGUCGCCGGACGGCGGGGCGCUGCUGGCGGCGCCGGGGCGCGACGGUGACGUGGCCCUGCUGGAGCGCCUCAGCUGGAAGGCGGUGCAAUACCUGGGUGGUGCCCACACCGGCGACGUCAACACCCUCGCCUUCUCGCCAAACGGCGUUUACCUCGCGACGGGGGGGCUGGACAAGCAGGUGGUGGUGUGGCUGGCGGAGAAGGGCGUUGCGGUGGCAAAGACCACUCUGGAGGAGGGUGACGCGCUGCUGAUCGCGGGCGAGGGCGGCAGCGUGGGCCUCUGGUCACACGUGGUGCCUGCCGGGCUGCCUAGCCCCUGGCGCAACCAAGAUGAGGUCCUGAGGCACGCGGAUGCAGCAGCGGCGGGUGAGGCCGGGGCGUUUGGGUAG